AUGCUGACAAUAUCUGUGUGCCAGAAAGCGAAUGUCGUAACAACAUCAAAUAACCAAUGUAAGGGUCAAAAUGAAUUUUUCGACACAUGUAUCAGCGGUUGCUCGAAUCAAACCUGUGAUUCUAUUGGCAAGGUAUACAACUGUCCGAUACAACCAGCUGUAUGCAGGACUGGCUGCCGAUGCAAUCCAGGCUUUUACAGGAAUGCUAGCAAUGUGUGCGUGGCGGAAAGCAAAUGUCCAACAUCAAAUAACCAAUGUAAGGGUCAAAAUGAAUUCUUCGACACAUGUAUCAGCGGUUGCUCGAAUCAAACCUGUGAUUCUAUUGGCAAGGUAUACAACUGUCCGAUACAACCAGCUGUAUGCAGGACUGGCUGCCGAUGCAAUCCAGGCUUUUACAGGAAUGCUAGCAAUGUGUGCGUGGCGGAAAGCAAAUGUCGACCCGUUGUCACGACCACCAACACUCCAGUGAUCAUAGAAACGCCUACCACUGCAAAACCAACUGCGGGUUCUAGUGGCAGCGAUGCCGUGGCUAGCCUAAAAGCUGGUGUCACUAUCUUCAAUGGCGAAUUCCUUUAUGAACGAUUGAUAGCUGAGCCAGGAACGAAUCUUAUUACGUCACCAUAUUCGGUGUUCACACCGCUAGUCCAACUGUUUCUGUACACAACCGGAUACGCCUUUAAACAACUUAGCACAGUACUCAAUGUUUCCAGCAAAGAACAGAUCCGUUCUGCAUUCCCCGGUUUGGCUUCUUCCUUCGAAGGCCAAACCAGUGUCAACUUGUCCACAGCUGCCAAAGUAUACUCUGAUCUGAAAUACCCGUUGAGUGAUGGUUUCAAGAAAGACUCUGUCGACGUUGUACACGCCGGCACCCAAGAAGUCGACUUUAGUAAGAAUACUGAAGCUGCGAAUACUAUCAACUCUUGGGUCGAAAGCCAAACCAACAAUAAAAUUCAUGAUUUGAUCCAGCCUUCUGAUCUGUCAGCUUUAACACGACUUGUGUUGGUCAACGCUAUUUACUUCAAGGGUGAAUGGCAUUACGCAUUCAACAAAACCAACACCAUCAAGGACGCAAAUUUCUACCUGAGCGAUGGAACGACUAAAAAGACCAAUCUGAUGUACCAAGAGGGACAGUUCAACUACGGAGAAGUUCCUGAACUCAACUGCACGGUCCUUCAAAUGUUCUACAAAGGCGACAAUUUCAGCAUGGUCGUAGUCUUGCCAAACGAAAAAAAUGGCCUUUUGCAAGUCGCUAAAAACCUGCAACUCAAACCAAACUACGAUAAAGUCAUUGGAAGCCUGAGCCGCCAGAAAGUUAAGGUGUACCUGCCACCAAUCACAAUUGAAACGACAACCGAUCUUUCUGAUAUUCUUAAAAAGUUGGGCGUUACCAAAAUAUUCGAUACUAAGGACUCUGGACUGUCAGGAUUAUUGAAGACCCCAGAGAACACUUAUGUGUCGAAGGCCAUCCAGAAGGCAUUCAUCGAAGUGAACGAGGAAGGAUCCGAAGCUGCUGCUGCUAAUGGAGUUAUCAUACCUACAAGGGCAAUGCCUGCACCGCUCCCGCCGCCAUCAAUUGUAUUCAGAGCCGACCGACCUUUCCUCUUUUACAUAAGACUCCAAGAUACCACCAUGUUUUGUGGAGCGAAGAACGACAUCUAGAAAAAUUGGCCAAAUAUUCAAUAAGGUUUAAUUAAACUUUGCAGAACUAAACCGUUUUAUAUGCGUACUUUUUUCUACUAUAACAAUAAAAUAUUUGUGAUUAACAAAAUUAAAAAAGAGUACCUAAUUCAA